UUGCCACAUUUCACUGGGCCAACCGCUGUCCAUCAAGUACAGUGGUCUCUCAAGUGGGAUUUAUCGCCCGUCUACUUCCAUCUCCCUCUGUUCCUUCGUACCAUCUUCGCUGUCAUAAUAAAUCUGACCCUGCUUUCGCUGUUCCCUGACAUGGCCCCUUCCACCGACUCAUCCACGCCUUUCUCAAUUGACGAUGGUUCCCCGGCCGCAGAGCAGACGCCGUCUAAUCGCAAACGUCAUCUCCGAGCAGCACAGGCUUGCGACUUGUGUCGGGAGAAGAAGAGAGCAUGUGACGAAGGGCGGCCAUGCAUCAACUGCGACAAGAAUGCCCUUACAUGUCGCUACUCUACCAGCAAGUCCACUCGCUACAUGUCCGACAUCGAUGCCACCUUCCGUCACCUUGAAGAACACACUGCCAAGUUGCACACGCACAUGCAGCUGCUCGAUGACUACCUCCCUCGAUUUGACAGGUUGGCCGCGCGACUGGAUUCCGCCGAACAGAAUGAAUCGCAUGCAAACCACUCCGACUUUCUCUUGCGAGAUUCACACCAUGCUGCAGGCGUGCGCACUCUCAUCAAGCUGUGGCCCUCUGUCAAUUCCCUCCUUUGCCCCGCCCACUGCUCUGUCGAUCCUGUCUAUGUGCUGUCGUCCGAAGCCAAGGAUGUGCCUGCACACCAUCACCCUUACGCCCACCGUGUCAUCCUCCCUGGCGAAUCCCUUAGCAGCCAGCCUUCCCUGGUGAACGACUUCAUAGUCAUGGGUUACAGGUCUGAUCCUGAAAUAAUCCCCACCUCUCCCGAACAUAUGGUUCCGCUUCGCCGACUUUUUCGAAGCUAUGUCGAAAACAUGCACUCCCUGCACCCUGCCGUCGAUCUCCAGGACGCUUUUCACUCGUUCGAGCAACUCUUUGGUGAAACUCGGCAUCCAUGUCUUAGUCAUUCAGACGAGAUGAUUGAUCUCACGCAUGGAUCUGGCCAGACGCCGCGAAUGGAGCAUAUGAGCUCCGUGAAUGGAGGAGACAACACUCUUUUAUCGCGGCACAGAAUCUCACCCCUGGAGAGCGCUCGCCUCUACCUCAUCCUCGCGUUGGGAGAUAUUUGCGCGUAUAAACAAAACUUGACCUUCCCCAGGAGUUAUACGCAGCCACUUGUAGACGGCGCUGCUAGUAGCAGCUCUUUCCAAUCGGAUGCACCUCCGGUGGAGGAUCGAAUGAUGUUCCCGCAAUCUGCGAAUCCCUUUGCACCCAAAACUUGCGCAGAUGGAGAUUUCGCAGACAUUCCUGGCGCCAAGUUCUAUGAUCAAGCGACAUAUAUAGCAGGGCCGUUCCAGGGUGGCAACGAUCUCAUCCACGCGCAGAUUGCCCUCCUCGCCGGUCUUUACAAAGCUCAGAUUGGGCAAGUACGCGAGAGCUUCAAUUGGGUCACCUCAGCUUGCAGAUCGGUGUUGCACCUUCUCCGCCAAUUCCAGGUCGUCGAGGUUAGUUCCGACAUUCUGCUCCGAAACGAAUUCCCCGACGUACGAAGUCAAGGGUCAUAUCGAGGUUUGCAGGCGCGAGUAAAGAGUGCGGAGCACGACCUGGUGGUGCUCAUUGCUUGGAGCUGUAUUCAACUCGAAGGUGACAUUCUCGCCGACCUGCCUUACCCUGAGAGUGGCAUCUUGGCUUGCGAGGAUCUCCUACCCUGGCCGAUCCGUAUUCCUGGCAGCUCGCAAUUCUACCAAGCGGGGGGAUUGAGCUGUAAUACUGCGUUGAUGUACUUCUCCUCUCAACUCUGGCUUCAGAAACAUUUGAAUCUCCUUCAAAACGAGCUCCACGGCAGAGCAGGCAAAACCCUGUCCGCCUUUGCCCUCCAGAAAGCGCUAUGCGAGCACCGUUCGUCGCUCACGUUAUGGCGCAGCGGUCUUCCCAUUGACCAGGCAUGGCUGGAUUCCGAAGCCCCUCCAGCUGACAUUCACACCGCCCGGCUUCGAGCCAAGUAUUGGAGCGCGUGUUUCCUGGCUGAUCAGCCCUACCUAGACUACGUGCUCCAUAAAACGGCCGUUGACGCUCAUGGACAGACCCGUACGGACACGGACGGGCGGCUCUUUGAGGCGAUUUCCACGUUACCCGAAGCGGAGAAGAUGGCAGGUGCGCAGCGCUGCAUCCAAGCAGCGUUUCAGAGCGCGCGCGCAUUCGAUGGCAUCGCCUCAGCCGUCAUCGAGACUAAUAUGCACGGAAUCGCACAUGAGUACGGUUUUCCUGUCUUUCCUCGGAUUUCUCAUAGAGUGCCGGGCAUGUCAAUUUGCUAAACAUACCUCAUAGGCUAUUCGGCAACGUCCUAGUGCUCGCGGCGGCGUAUACGGCCGGCCCCUUGAGGAUGGAAAUUCCGCACUUCGAGCUCCUCAGCUUGAUUGGCGGUACGAUCAGCUUUCUCGAUCGCCAACCUUUCCUUUCCGAGACGUGUAGA